AUGACAUCCAACUCAAACAACUCGACCGCAGACUCUCCCUGUUGUUCGUCAACCGGAGGCACCGAUAGUCGCAAUCAUACGACUAAUGCCACGANUACGACUAAUGCCACGAAUAAUACAAAUAUGAACUUAAAUUCAAACGAUGAGACCAACCAUUUGCAGCCAACUGUCCAACAGUCCAAUACUCCGUUAUCUCCAUCCACUUCAUCAGUCUGUGCGCUAACCACUCCUUACGACUCGCGACUCAUAUCAGGCUAUCCCAGACUCGGAGGCUUUUAUGGCUCCUCUUAUUCCGAACAGAACUCCUUUUAUACCUCCGGAACCAAUCCUUUCUACUCUUCGUUUAGUUAUAAACUCCAGGGAAACCCCUAUGACUUGAAAGACCCAAAUGGGAACGGGUGGGGAGCGUUGCCCCAAACCACGUGCUACCUCUACGAUCCCAUAUAUAGCCCGUACAGCGAAAGGUACGGCACUAUGGAUGGAGUGGCCAGACGUAAGAAUGUGACCCGAGAUUCAACGACAACGUUGAAGGCAUGGCUGAGCGAACACCGCAAGAAUCCCUAUCCCACCAAAGGCGAGAAGAUAAUGCUCGCUAUCAUCACCAAGAUGACUUUAACUCAAGUGUCUACAUGGUUUGCGAACGCCCGGCGCCGCCUGAAAAAGGAGAAUAAGAUGACGUGGGAGCCCAGGAAUAGGUGCGAUGACAACGAUGAAGAUAUUAUGACUAGUGAUGAGGAAAACGAUCAUAAAGUCGAGUCAGUGGACACGGAUGGCGAACAGACUGCUAAUCAUAACAAUAUUCGCAAAGAUUUGGAUAUAAGCCGUCAAUUUAUGGAUCCGAUUAAAGUUUCUCUAAAUAGGUUCAUAUGUCUUAAGCCCCCUAUCGUUAGAUCCAUGGCUGGAGCGGUGGCAGUGGUGGCAGUCCUGGCACUGGUGGUCAUUACAGAUGCAAAAUCACGCUCAGGCAGAGUCUCAAUGAGAUAUCCAACUGAGACUUACACUGGCAUACAGUGCCAGCACUACCAGCACAGGAAUUCGUCUCAAUCACCCAUUGAGAGAGAAUGUGCUCAGAAUUGUGGAGAGAGUUCCUCAGUGAAGGGAUCAGCACUCGUUGUGCAAAACAAACACAACACAGCAGUCGCUUAUGGGAACCUAUUUAGUCGACUCAAUCCCAAUCUGUCUGAGAGCUCGAGAUGCCAUUCAAUGCAAACAUCAGCCAACUGUGCGAUCGCACCGGCAAUGAAUAGUUCCCUAACAACUUGUUCUACAACUAAUGAUAAUCUUCACCAUCACUUCAAUGAUAAAUGCAAUCCAAUAAACAAUACAUCAAAACCUAAAAUCUGGUCAUUGGCUGAAACAGCGACAGAAGACAAACCAAAGAGUCCAUUAUCUCAUCUCAACCACAAUCUCAGUCCUAAUAUGAAUCUCGCGCCACCACUUCACCUCUCGGCUAAUCUACACCCCAACCCAUUAUCAUCGCCUGUGGCCACUAAUAUAAGCGGUUGGUGUCACCCGACACACUCCCACAGCCCGUACUCUACAGUCAAUCCGUACGCAACCCAUUAUAUGCCAUCACUCGGACGACACUUCACUCACCCCUCGUCCGCCACAUCACUACCUCCACAGAACUAA